CUGCUAGCCAAAGUUGGUAGACAGGAAUUGACGUCAAUGAUUCUUCACUACAACCAAAAUCAUCGUCAUCGUGGCUGAAUCACACAACUCAUCCAUCAGUUUCGUCAAGUGAAUUUCAGAGAUAAUGUGACCUGCAUGUAUCGUGUUUACUCAUUCAUAUCAUUGAUAUUAUGAAAACGCAAGUGUACACAGUGUGAGUGUAGAUAUCUUUAAAAAGUAACUGACCUUGUCAGUUGUGUUCAUAAUCAAUGAUCACCAUCACACACAUAAAAAUAAAGCGAUGAAACAAUUUACACAGGGCGGAAUUGUUUUUGUGAUUCAAGGUCAUUUUCUUGCACUGUUUGUUUAAUGAAAAUUUGUCAGUAUUACUAAUUAUUUGUAUUUUAUUAGUGAUUUCAUGGAAUGAGAGUUUUUCAGCCAGAAUAUUGUCUCGAAUACAAAAGAGCAGUGAGAACUGCAGGCGAUUCAGUUGGGCGAAUUUCCUGCACCAACACACUGAUUCAGUUCACAUAUUGCACAUGAGACGACUGACUUCACUCACAAUUCAACUGAAUCCUUUGUACCUCACAUUUGGUCUGCCUGAAGGCAUUUCUUCACUGUUCUUUGUGUACAUUUCACUUCGAAUUUGCAAGAUCAGUGUGUGUUCGAAAUAGCGCUAGAAAGCUUUAUUCGAGAUCUUCACAAACCCACUUAUUGAUUCAACGUGGAAUUUCAAGGGAUAUGAUUGCACACGAGUGAAAAUGAUCCUUGCCUCAAAAUGAUCAAUGCGGUUUUUGCAUAAUACGAGAGAAUAUAGCAGCUACUCUAGAUUAAGUUUGCAAGUAAUCCUAGUGAAUCCAUCAGCUCUGGUGUGAAUUAAAGCAAUUCUACCCAAACAAAUCAUUAUGGUGAGCAUCAAGAUAGCUGUUUUUACUGAGAAGACUUCUUCAUCUACCAUGAUUUAUAUCAACCCUCCAGACAUUCUAUCAGGGUAUUAUAUGAAAUAUUUGUAGUUAACGGGAAUAGCAAUGAUGUAGUUGUGUAUACCAUUCAGCUGAAUGAUGUCCUUUCGAAACUCUCAUUGGUCUGUCAGGCAGCUAAUCCAUACCACACUUUGAGAUUUCUGCACUAGUUCAUCAGUCUGCGCUCCAGGCGACUGUGAAUGUCAUGAUUUUCUUGCUUUUCUCCAUUUUCACACCCUCUAUUCUACGUAUUGAUGUCACACACAAACUGAAAAGAUCACUCCAGUCGGCUGGUUUUAAGUCAAGUGAAAGACUUAACAGUGAAAGACAAAACCAACAUCAUCGACAAAUAAUGUUGCCACGACUGAGAUAAACACCACAUUAGCCAAAGUGGACGUCCUGUCUGGCCGAACAUCUACAAGCAAAAUCUUGGAAGAUGCGAUGAUAUCCACCAUCACAUAUCGCUGCAUUCAGACAACCACGGACAUUAUUUCGACUGGGACAAUCGACGCUCAGAUAUUCGGCGAAAGAAACGCUAAGUACUCCAGAGAAUUUGUAGCGAUCUUGGAUUCAAGUGAAUCGGUAAAUAACAGGCACAUGGACAUAGAUAGAUCUCACCAGUCAGUUAGAGGAAAAUCUCAUGCACAAAAAGUAAAACUCGAGGUCAACGAAACAGCCAAUAUGAAUACCAUUAGACUAGAGGGUGUGAACACAGAGAAGAGCAACCAAUCACGACAUUCGCAGCCGACAUGACGCGCGACUGAUAAACUCGUGGAGAAAUUUCAAAGCCCACUUCGACAAAUUGAAGUGUGCGCUGAAAAUGUGGCCGAGUAAGGCUGUGAAGCACUCACAAGUACACCAUGCAGCAUAGACAACUCAAAUGCAUCGAAAACAUUCUACGACGGAACUGCAUCUUCACGGAAUAUUACAGCGUCCAUAUAAGCUCUUUCGGUGAAAACAACUCAAUUCAUAUUCGGCUGAAUUAGACUAAGACGAAGAAAUGUGAAACAAACACUGUGUCCUUGAAGACUUCACCUGCUUUUCUAAAACGGAGGAAACGACCUAACUGAAUGCAGGAAGCCAUGCAAUGAUUCACUCACAAGAAGAAAAUGAUGACAUUUUGUGUAUUACUACAAUGAAAUAAUAUUUCCAAAUGAUACUCAAGUGUCACAAACUUCAUGUGUUCGCCACUGCAUGAAUUCGUCUUACUAUUGGGAUUAAAGUAUUUCUGCAGAUUGACGGAUUUCAUCGCACCAAUCAGAUUCCGCCGAUUCAUUAUGUGAGUCACGUGACAUCAUGAUAUGUUGUUUAACUCACCAAUCAGAACACUCACCUACACUGUUCCACAAAUGAACGAUGAAAUUAUGAUUAUUGUAAUCAACCAAUGAUCAGAUUACAACGAUACCUGUGACUGCUUGUUGUGGUAUAAAUACAGGAACGGAAAGUCAGUUACCAUAAGAAGAUGGUCUACUUCACAUACAGCCAAGUAGCUUUCGUCACUCUGUUGGCAUUCGCAGCCAUACAUUCAGUCGAAUCGUUGAAUAAAAAAGAAAUUACAUUUAUACUAGACAGAAUUAAAGAUAAAAUACCCGGAGUCAUUUCAGAGCUCAAAGCUGCUGAAGGGAGAGUACAAAAUAUUACAGCCAAGAUUCUUAGUCAGAGGGCAAGCUUACGAGGACAAUUAGAAAAGUAUACGGACUGCCUGGAAACUGCAUACAAAUACAAGUGGGGACAACUUACAUUUAAUGCGAUCGCAGACGAUAUCUACCGCAGUGAUCAAGGUGCGUUGGAUGACACAAGACAUUGUUGCCUACAAGAAGCUGCAGCAUAUCAUGAAAAAAUGGAAGCGUUUCCUGUAGACGAAUGUCGCAAAAUUCUACCUCCAGCGAAUCGAGAAGAUCUGAAGGAACUGAAAGAACAAAUCGAAGGAGUAUUCUACCAUAACUACUUGUUUAGCGCUCAAGUUUGUGAGUUCAUUUUCUCCGUAUAAUUAUUAGUCAGUGUCUAUCUAAUAUCAGUUAUCAUACGAACUCAGUGACAGAUAACAAUCUUUUUUACUGAUCAAUUCACCUUUCCCAAUAUGUUUCAUCAUUUCUAGUUUACAAGAACUCUUACACAACCCUGUUGAAGUCGUUGACAGGAAAGUGAAGAGGGAAGUACCAGGAUGAAUGCCAAAGUCAGCGUAUUACUGAACACAUGUAGAAUGUAGAAGUUUUCGUAAAUAUUUUUUUUUGAAUUAAAUUAAAUAAAUCACUCAUCUGCUA